GCCAGGGCCAAGUGUCAAGACGGCUGAUAUAUAGUGCAUGCAUGUAAUAACAGCCGUAAAUCCCCGGUCGAGAGGGUGGAAAUGGCAUUGAGGUGACAGGGGCUAAGAUAGCGGAUACGGCCGGAAAAUUGAUUGCAUCUUAGGGCAAGCUGAACUAAAGUUGCUAGCUGACGGGCCAGCUCAACAAUUCCUCCCUCUCUGGCGUUUCAAUGUCAACAUCGGAAGGCGAAGAGCAUUGCUAUUUGCUGCUGAGAUCAAGAUGGCUGCAAUCGUGGGUGGCCUCGUAAGCCAUGUCUACAAUCUAGUUUUAUCACCAUUUGUCACCGGCCCCCUCCUCGCUGCAGUCACGUAUCGCCCCAACGAAAGUCAGAACCUGCUGUCCACAUAUGCAGGGGGGUUCCCUGGGCUCGGCGCGCUCGACCUGAAGCUCGCAAUUACCGCGCUGCGCCUGCUCUUUGGCGUGGGGUUGCUGCGCUUUAUCAAUCAGAACUUGAACGUUCGAGCGGCGAAUGCCUGGCGCACCGGGCCCAGCAAGGGAUGGAACUGGUCUGAGGAGAUCGCGGUCGUGACGGGAGGGGCCAGCGGCAUCGGCAAGGAUUUGGCGCGCAACCUCGCCGGCAGGGGUACCAAGGUCGUUGUUCUCGACAUCCAGGACAUGCCCAAGGAACUGCAUGACAAUCCUCUCAUCUCGCACUAUCACUGCGAUCUCAUGUCCAAGGACUCGAUUGGGGCGGCGGCGGCGGCUGUGCGCAAGGACGUCGGGCACCCGACGAUCCUGGUCAACAAUGCUGGUGUCUCCCAGGCAAAGCCCAUACUAGACCAGUCCGAGCCGUAUCUGCGUGCUGUCUUUGGCGUCAACAAUAUUGCCCAUUGGCUCUGCGUGCAGCAAUUCAUGCCACACAUGAUUGAGAAGAACAAGGGCCACAUUGUCACCGUGGCGAGCAUUGGCUCCUUUGUCAGCCUGUCCUCUGGCGUGGCGUAUGCUGCUACCAAGGCUGCCGCGCUGGCUUUCCACGAAGGUCUCGGGGUCGAGUUGAAGCACAUCUACCGCGCCGACAAUGUCCUCACGACCGUCGUGCAUCCUUUCUUCGUGGACACGCCGCUCAUCGCAGAGAUUUCCAAUGGCCUGACGGACUCUGGGCUCACUCUCUUGGCCAGCAAUGUCGUUGCGGAUGCCAUUAGCGAGAGGAUCUGGAGCAAGCGCGGUGGGCAGGUCACUGUCCCGAACUCGAGAGCUCUGUUAAGCGGCGUAAGAGCAUGGCCUGGCUGGCUGCAAGAAGUUCUGAGAGAUAUCAUCGGAUCGGGUACGCGCAAAGCAGGCGAAGGAAGAACGUGGACAAUCCCUGAGUGGUGAAAACACCGUAGUUUCGGUAUCGUGCGACUUAUCCAUGAAGGAAGGACCUCACUUUGCCAUCAUGUGCCUCGACGUACGCAUAUCAUGGUAUACUGUGUAGGCGAAUAUAUCGCUCAAACAGACCGGAGUAUCGGAUCCUCUCAUCAGCCGAGGUGAUCAGCCUGGGACUAGGGCCACCGCGCGCUU